AUGUCUUCCUACGUUUCUCAUCAUGCCCCCUCGUCGCCAAUCUCACCUACACUGCGGCCCCGACAACCCACUCUGGACCUAGACCGCGAUAUCCUCACCACGCGCGGACAGCGAAUACUAAGCUUGCUUCCUCGUCGUGGAUCGAGCGUAGCAUUGGUAUAUGACCCAGAAGAUCUAGAAGCUCCACCAACGUUCCUUCGCCGUGGAUCGGUCCUUAUUGGACAUGGGAAUCGCCGCUAUGAAUGGUUCUACUACGAACGCAAUAACUCGCUCAUUUCUCAAUAUCUUUAUAUCGAUCGUCUGUUGGACUCGUCACUUCCGCACAAUCUGAUUGAGGAAUAUAAUGACGGCUCGCAACCCCACUCUCCUUCAGAUAGCCCUCCUAAUGGCGAGACUGGCAAGAUAAAGCGCACUCCGCACAAUCUCUAUCGCAUCCCCGAUGAAACAGCUCCGCUUCUCGAGCAUCUUUCGGAUGAAGAACGUCCUGCUACUAAUCACAGUGCAAUGCUAGACAUAGAUUCCCAUACUGGCAUGUCUCCAGAGAAAGAAGAGAAGCUGAUAAACUUAGCCAUCCGCAUCAACUUUGCCGCGAAUGUCAUUCUGCUCGGCUCUAAGAUCGCUAUCAUGCUUUUGACAAGCUCCAUGUCUGUCCUGGCAGGUCUGGUAGAUGGAGUCCUCGACUUUCUGUCCACGGUUAUCAUUUGGAUAACUGCUAUUAUGAUCCGUCGACAGGACCGUAGUCGAUACCCGAUUACCCGGCGCCGACUGGAACCUAUCAGUGUGCUCGUUUUUUCCGUGAUAAUGGUCACCUCCUUCUUCCAAGUAGGACUAUCCUCAUUGAACAGACUGAUGGCCGAUGACCACUCCAUCGUAGAACUGACCACCCCAUCCCUUGCCCUGAUGGCCGGCACCGUCAUCAUGAAGCUAGGCUGCUGGCUCUGGUGCCGUCUAAUCCCAAGUCCCAGCGUACAAGUCCUAGCGCAGGACGCGAUGACAGAUGUAAUCUUCAACACAUUCAGCAUCAUCUUCCCGCUCAUCGGCACCUUUGCCCGCAUCUGGUACAUGGACAGUCUAGGUGGUCUGUUCCUCUCUAUCUACAUCAUGUGGAACUGGGGCCAGACGGCAAGCGAGUACAUCCGACGUCUAACGGGUGCUGCCGCCUCAGCUGACGACCACAAUAUCCUGCUAUAUAUGACAAUGCGGUUUUCGCAUGUGAUACAGAAGAUUCAAGAUCUGAAGGCUUAUUAUGCUGGUGAUAAGCUGAAUGUUGAGGUUGAUAUUGUCGUUGAUGAGAAGACUAAUCUUCGUGAUGCGCAUGAUGUUGGUGAGAGUUUGCAGUAUAUACUGGAGAGCGUACCAACUGUCGAUCGGGCUUUUGUUCAUCUGGAUUAUUACGUGUGGAAUUUGCCGAGUCAUAUGAAUCAGAUGGAUCGGUGA